AUGAGAGGUAUCCCGGCAGAAGCACUGAUUGCCAUCGAGUGGUCGUUAAUCAGUAUCGCCCUCUGCCUCAUCAUCGCGAGGCUCAACCUACGACUCUUUUACCUCAAGUCAGGAUUUGUCCUCAGCGAUGCAUUCAUUGCUGCGGCUUUCGCGGCUGGUGUCGCGCUGAACGCGGUCGAUGUCACGCUUUACCUCCGGGGGGUCUACGAGCCGGGCAUCGAUUUCAAGAUGACCACCUGGGUAGCGACGGAAGAAGAGUCAGUUUAUGUGUACAGGCCGGAAGUAGAACACGAAUGA